CACUUCACGUUGCCGGAAUUAACCCGCAGGGCUAGCCCAGUUCCAAUAGCUGCAGUAGAUAAUCUGAAUCCUUGUUUUUAUUUAGUGGAUCCUCUAUCCCUCUGAGAGUGUGGAACUCCUGAGGUCUUCUUAUCCAGUGACUGUGAGGUGAUGGAGUUUUCAAGUCGUUUUAGAGAGGUGGGCCCCAAGCACCCAGGCAGGGUAGUCAUGGCUGCCAGCCUGACAGGAUUGCUUCUGCUUCAGGCAGUGUCCUGGGCAUCAGGUGCCCGCCCCUGCAUCCCUAAAAGCUUCGGCUAUAGCUCAGUGGUCUGUGUCUGCAAUGCCACCUACUGUGACUCCCUUGACCCCCUGACCUUCCCUGCCCUUGGUACCUUCAGCCGCUAUGAGAGUACGCGUAGCGGACGUCGGAUGGAGUUGAGUACAGGGACCUUCCAGGCCAAUCACACAGGCACAGGGCUGCUACUGACCCUGAAGCCAGAAGAGAAGUUCCAGAGAGUGAAAGGGUUUGGAGGGGCCAUGACAGAUGCUGCUGCUCUGAACAUACUUGCCCUGUCACCCUCUGCCCAGAGUUUGCUGCUCAAAUCUUACUUCUCAACAGAAGGAAUUGAGUAUAAUAUCAUCCGGGUACCCAUGGCCAGCUGUGACUUUUCCAUUAGCACCUACACCUACGCCGACACCCCAGAUGACUUCCAGUUGCACAACUUCAGCCUUGCAGAAGAAGAUAUCAAACUCAAGAUACCCCUGAUUCACCAAGCCCUGAAGUUGGCCCAUCGCCCUGUCUCACUCUUCGCCAGUCCCUGGACAUCACCCACUUGGCUCAAGACCAAUGGGGCAGUGAAUGGGAAGGGGUCACUCAAGGGUCACCCAGGGGAUAUCUACCACCAGACCUGGGCCAAGUACUUUGUCAAGUUUCUAGAUGCCUAUGCUGCGUACGGGUUAAAGUUCUGGGCAGUGACGGCUGAGAAUGAGCCUUCUGCAGGGCUGAUCAGUGGGUACCCCUUCCAAUGCCUGGGCUUCACCGCUGAACACCAGCGAGAUUUCAUUGCCCGUGACUUGGGUCCAACCCUUGCCAACAGUACUCACCGUGAUGUCCAGCUGUUCAUGCUAGAUGAUCAACGCCUUUUGCUGCCCCGCUGGGCACAGGUGGUACUGGCAGACCCAGAGGCAGCCAAGUACAUCCAUGGGAUUGCUGUACACUGGUAUCUGGACUUCCUGGCUCCAGCAAAAUCCACCCUGGGGGCGACACACCGGCUGUUCCCGAACAUGACACUCUUUGCCUCAGAGGCCUGUGUGGGCUCCAAGUUCUGGGAGCAGAGUGUGCGCCUAGGCUCCUGGGAUCGAGGAAUGCAGUACAGUCACAGCAUCAUCACGAACCUCCUUUAUCACGUGACUGGCUGGACUGACUGGAACUUUGCCCUGAAUCCUGAAGGGGGGCCCAACUGGGUCCGCAACUUUGUGGACAGCCCCAUCAUUGUAGACAUUGCCAAAGAUGUGUUUUACAAACAGCCCAUGUUCUACCACCUGGGCCACUUCAGCAAGUUCAUUCCUGAAGGCUCCCAAAGAGUUGGACUAGUGGCCAGUGAGAAGACCGAGUUGGAAACAGUGGCACUGAUGCAUCCUGAUGGCUCUGCAGUUGUGGUUGUGCUAAACCGGUCCUCGAAGGAUGUGCCUUUUACCAUCAAGGAUCCUGCUGUGGGCUCCCUGGAGACCAUCUCACCUGGCUAUUCCAUUCAUACCUACCUGUGGCGUCGCCAGUGAUGGAGCAGAUACCCAAGCAAGGACCUGGGUUCAGCAUGGGCAUUAAAGGGACAGAGUCAGCUUA